AUGGAGGAUGAAGAGUACUACCACAUGAUGCUCGACGACAUGGAGCGUCUUGAGCGAGUUCAUCACCACGUUUCCCACCCCGCCGACUACCAACUAGCAGAACAGCACCAACACCGUGCACACAACCCCUUCAUCUCGGGCCUCAGAGUGGCCAUCAACAGUGCCUUCAAGUCGGGAUUGGAGAAGCUGCAAGCCGUGAGCCUACCGGGUCCCACGCGAACAACAUAUCAAGAAGCCCAGGGGCUAGGUUCAAUAUGGACGAGACGAAGCAGUGCAAGCUCAACGAGGACCAGUUCAAGUUCCGGAAGCGCGAGGUCUUGA